UGUCCAUUCAAGUGCGGUGUUUCUGCUGUUGCGGAGCCAAAAUGGCGGAGUGUGCAGCUGCCGUUCUGGUGUAUUGAGCGCAAGAUGGCAGCUUCAGUGGAAGACGAGUUUGAAGAUGCGCCUGAUGUAGAGCCUUUAGAGCCGACAUUAAAGAAUAUCAUAGAGCAGAAAUCACUCAAAUGGAUAUUUGUCGGUGGUAAAGGUGGCGUGGGCAAGACAACGUGCAGCUGCAGUCUGGCGGUUCAGUUGGCAGCGGUGCGAGAGAGCGUCCUCAUCAUAUCCACAGAUCCAGCACACAACAUCUCAGAUGCCUUUGAUCAGAAGUUCUCCAAAGUGCCCACCAAAGUCAAGGGCUACGACAACCUCUUUGCCAUGGAGAUCGACCCCAGUCUGGGUGUGGCGGAGCUGCCCGAUGAGUUCUUCGAGGAGGACAACGUGCUCAGUAUGGGGAAGAAGAUGAUGCAGGAAGCCAUGAGCGCUUUUCCCGGCAUCGACGAGGCCAUGAGCUACGCAGAGGUCAUGAGGUUAGUGAAAGGCAUGAAUUUUUCAGUGGUGGUGUUUGACACGGCCCCGACGGGACACACUCUGCGUCUGCUCAACUUCCCCACCAUCGUGGAGAGAGGACUGGGCCGCCUCAUGCAGAUCAAGAACCAGAUCAGCCCCUUCAUCUCACAGAUGUGUAACAUGUUGGGCCUGGGAGACAUGAACGCAGAUCAGCUGGCAUCUAAACUGGAGGAGACGCUCCCCGUCAUCCGGUCAGUCAGCGAGCAGUUUAAGGACCCGGAGCAGACGACGUUUAUCUGCGUGUGCAUCGCAGAGUUCCUUUCUCUGUAUGAGACGGAGCGUUUGAUUCAGGAGCUGGCCAAGUGUCGCAUCGACACACACAACAUUAUCGUCAACCAGCUGGUUUUCCCCGACAGCGAGCGGCCCUGCAAGAUGUGUGAAGCCCGACACAAGAUUCAGUCAAAGUACCUGGACCAGAUGGAGGAUUUAUAUGAAGAUUUCCACAUAGUAAAGUUGCCUCUGCUGCCUCACGAGGUUCGAGGAGUGGACAAGGUCAAUACUUUCUCCAAGCAGCUGCUGGAGCCCUACAGCCCGCCCAAGAAGUGACUUAAAUGAUUUCCACGGAACAAACACACACCAUCGCAUCCCUCUGGUCUUCACAUCUCCACACACACCUUCAUUUCCCCCCUCACUUUCUCUUUACUCUCUCUGGUUUUCUGGUCAUGCCAUAAUUGAUGCCGCCAUGAUGCUCCAGUGAUCCAUUAUGAAUGUCGGCCGAGAGUUAAAAGGCCUGUUUAGACGUCUUGAUGGUUUAUGUUGCUUUGUGAUGAUGUAUUUAAGCAUAAGAAACACUCAUUCCUGAUGUGUAUUCAAGAAAGGAGAUUUAAACUGAUUUCAGUGCAGGAAUGUACAUCUGGACUCUGAUUCAGUGGUUGAACGGGAGUAGUAUCAAGUGUAAAUGUCUGUCUCUAGUUCAGUUCAGAUUAACCUGGCACAUCUGAUUUUAGGAUCCGUGAAUGAUACCAUAAACUUUGUUUCAGGUUCUGAUCAAUAUGAAUAGACUUUAUUUUGGUUCCUGGACUAGUCAGUAUUGUUAAUUGAGAGGGUCCAAACUUGGGAAGAUGAUGCAUUUAGAUGAUGCAGUUUAAGGGAUAGUUCACCCCACCCCCCACAAAAAAAAGAGAAUUUUGUCUUUUUUUUACUCUCUCAUGUUAUUCCAAACCCUAGUUUUUUAAUGUAAUGCACAAUUCUCUUCUUGUGUUUCAUGCAAAAAUAAUGAACCGCAUACAAGCUUGUAACAACAAGGGUGAGUAAAUGGCUGCAUUUUCAUUUUUGGGUGAACUAUCCCUUUAAACUUGCAUUUAAUCGACUUCUGUUUGCAGUGAACCAAACUGUAAUUACUGUGUAUAAACAUUGUGAUUCAAUUUAUCAAAUUUAAUUUUUGCAGUUAAAGUGAUUGUAUUUAUAUAGACUUGUAAUGACUAAGAUAAUUUCCAUUCAAAUCUUUUUAUUUGAGAGAUGUCUUGUUCUUCCUCUCACUUCUGUUCUUCUUAUCAUUUGGCAGUAAUGUCUGCAUGCAUCAAAACACAGGAACACACACACCCCCUACAAGGAGAUCAGAAGCUCAUUUAAACCCGCCACACAAACACUGCAACCUGUCAGCUGAGACCACUAUUACACAGUACUAUACCGCGCUGGUUAAGUGUGUUUUCCUGCUUUUAUCAUCCUGUGAUUUCACAGCAUGAAGCAGUGGGCUCCUUAGUUCAUGAAAACCAUGGACAAGAACUCACAAACCUGACAGUGUAUCGGACCGAAAGAUUUGAAUCUUUUAUCAGUUAUUAGUCAGUUUUGCUAAAGAUUCUUCAUUCUCUUUUAUCUUGUUACUGCCUUUCCAAAUUUGGCUUCUUUUUGUAGAAGCACACUAAGUUUCAAAGCAAAUAAAACCCUAUCCUCCA